AUAUUUGGUAGUUUGGUAUUGGCAAUAACACAGUUACCUUUUUUGCCUGCUAGUACCGGUUAAGAAAUUUCUUGAGCGGUGUCUUGAAAACCCGAUUGUAACCAUUUAAACGCUGAUCUGAAAUGGCUCCUGUGUUAGGAUACUGGAAUAUUCGAGGAUUGGCACAGCCUAUUCGUUUGUUGCUAGCAUACACAGAAUCAGAAUUUGAAGAUAAGAAGUAUGCUUAUGGCCCGGCUCCUGACUAUGAUCGUAGUGCUUGGCUUAAAGAAAAGCACACACUUGGCUUGGAUUUUCCAAAUCUACCCUAUUACAUUGAUGGUGAUGUAAAGCUUACCCAGAGCAUUACAAUUAUGCGCUAUUUAGCUCGUAAGCACAAGCUAGAACCAGAAGCAGAGGAAGAUAAAAUAAGAGCUGAUUUGAUUGAGCAGCAGGUGUCUGAUUUCCGACUAAAUUUUGCAAAACUUGCUUAUAAUUCUGAAUUUGAAAAGCUGAAAGAGGAGUAUUUGAAAAAAUUACCCACUCUGUUGAAAGAAAUUUCUGAUUUUCUUGGUAAACGCUUGUGGUUUGCCUCACAGGAUAAGAUUACCUAUGUUGACUUCAUGGUUUAUGAAGCCUUGUAUCAUCAUAAGGCUUUAGCUGCUGAUUGCCUGAAUGAAUUCCAAAAUUUGAAGGAUUUCUUUGAUAGGUUUGAGGAGCUUCCAACAAUUCAAAAAUACAUUCAGUCACCGGAUUACUUGAAAUGGCCUUUAAAUGGUGAUGUGGCUGUGUUUGGGUCCAGAAGUUCAAAGAAAUAAUUUUUCACAUGGACUUUGUUUAUAGCCAAAUAUUUUUUUCUCUUUUUGUAUGUGCUUUUGCAUAAAAAUGCUUUGGGCUUGAAUUUAUACUGUAAACGUCCUCUGUGGUUAUUUUUUUUUAUUGAAUUUUGAUUUUGAAUUCCAUUUGUAAACCACUGCAUUUACAUUUUUAUAACAAUUGUAGUACAGUUUAGGUUUGUCAUAUGAAUGUAUUGCAGAAUUUAGUUCUGUGCUCGUGAAUUGUAAAACUUUUUUUAUUAUUAUUUUUAUUAUUUUUUUAUGAUGGCAGUAUUUGUUAAGUGUAACAAGGCAUAUCAUACCUUCAGGCCAAGAAAAUGUUGGAAUUUUCUGUUUAAAUACCCUUACAAUAAAAUUCACAUUCUUAAAAAAGA